UUCAAAAAGGCUUGAAUUUCUGUCCAUCCUCAACUUUGAAAAAAAAAUCGAAGCUUUUGAGAUUCGUAAGGUGAACAAGAUAAAAAAUCUAUGUAUAAUCAUAGAGAUCGAGGAGGAAGAUCGUCGAAAUCGGAGCUAAUGGGAGGACCGUUCGAUCGGAAGCGUAUAAACGAUGCUCUGGACAAGCAUCUAGGGAAGUUAUCACCGUCCAUUUCGAGGGGAUUGAAUAAUAGCAAGGAGAAAGAAAGAUCAUCUGUGCCUUCAACUUCCACUGGUAAACCUCAGCUUGAUCAUCGCGAUUCGCGAUCUGCACCUCUCUCCAAAGCCCAAUGUUCCGAUGUGGAAUCUGAAACGGACAGUGAAGAAUCCGAUGUUAGCGGUUCGGACGGAGAUGACACAUCUUGGAUCUCAUGGUUUUGCAAUUUGCGAGGAAAUGAAUUUUUCUGUGAAGUUGAUGAUGAUUACGUCCAAGAUGACUUUAAUCUUUGUGGGUUGAGCCAUCAAGUUCCAUAUUAUGACUAUGCACUUUAUUUAAUUUUGGACAUUGAGUCUUCUCAUGGCGAUAUGUUCACUGAAGAACAAAAUGAAAUGGUUGAAUCAGCAGCUGAGAUGUUGUAUGGUCUUAUACAUGUCCGUUAUAUAUUAACUACGAAGGGAAUGUCUGCUAUGUUGGAGAAGUACAAAAGCUAUGACUUCGGAAGAUGCCCGAGAGUUUGUUGCACUGGACAACCUUGUCUUCCAGUUGGUCAGUCAGAUAUUCCUCGCUCAAGUACCGUGAAAAUCUACUGCCCAAAAUGUGAAGAUAUAUAUUAUCCUCGAUCCAAGUAUCAAGGCAAUAUCGACGGAGCUUAUUUUGGUACAACAUUUCCACAUCUAUUUCUGAUGACAUAUGGGCACCUAAAGCCUCACAAGCCAACUCAAAACUACAUCCCUAGAGUUUUCGGCUUCAAGAUCCACAAGCCCUGACGUGAUUGAUACGCUAGUUGCAAGCUGGAACAUGUAAUGCCGAGAUCUAACUUCGGUCCGUGGUGAUUAUCACUUAUC